AUGUGCGCUCUGUCAGCAGCAGAGCCCACACCUCCAGUCAAGACCGGAAACUGCAGCUUCCACUCAUCCCCAGAUAUCAGCGAUAUAGCCGCCACCAGUUACGCACACCUGAUCAAGGCAGUGACCGUCCCGUCCGGCCCAACUUACCGGUACAUUUUCUCGGAGCCGUCUAGCUCUUUGAAGCCCUACCUGCUGUUCAUUCACGGAUUCCCCUCAACCUCGUUCGACUGGCGCCACCAGAUAGACUAUUUUGUCAGCAGGGGAUAUGGGAUCGUCGCGCCAGACUUGCUCGGCUAUGGCGGCUCAGACAAUCCUCCCGAUCUCGCGGAAUUCACCUUGAAGAGACAGGUCCUGGACCUUGGUGCUAUCCUUGAUUGUGAAGGCGUUGAGGAUGUGUUUGCAAUCGGCCAUGACUUUGGUUCAGUGGUACUAUCCCGCGCGAUAACGUACUUGGGCAAGCGCAUCAAGGGUAGCGCGUUUGUGGGAGUUGGGUACGCACCACCUCCCAUGUCCUUCAAUGAAGCCGGUGUGGAAGCCAUCAACAACGCCAGCCUUGAUGCCCUCGGCUAUCCACCCUUUGGGUACUGGUAUUUCAUGAACGAAGACGAUGUCGCCCCCAUCAUGGACAAACAUUUUGACUCUGCCUACACCCUCACCUACAGCUCCAACGCCACCUACCUGAAAGAACACUUCUCUCCAGUGGGAGCAUACAAAAAGUGGCUCUUGGCGGAUCGCAUCGCGCCCUGGAGCACCUAUAUCACGGCAGACGAGAAGGAUAUUUUCGAAACCAUCACCAUGUCCCAUGGGGGUUUCGAUGGGCCCACCAAAUCGUACAAGUCCCUCAUGAGAGACUACAAUGCCGCUGACGAAGCAGCGAUUCCGGAAUCAGAGGCGGCCAUCACACACCCUGUGUUGCUUCUCACCGCGAGUAAGGAUCCUGUUGGGAUCGCUGAUUCCCAGAUCACGAACACGGCGCCUUAUGCCGCCGACAUUCGGAUCAAGUCUGUUGAUGCAGGCCACUUCCUGCAGGUGGAAAAGCCCGAUGAAGUCAGCCUGGGCAUCCACAACUUUGUGAGGGAAGUCAUGACGGAAAAGGCUUGCUUGUAG